CGUCACGUGAUCGGGCGGGGGUCACGGCCGUUCCCGGGGUGCGGCUCCGUCCUGUCCGUCCCGGGCGCUCCUCGCGCUCCUACCGCGGCUCCCGGCGGCUCCUGCCCCGCCGGCGACAAUGAGGGCGCUUGCCCCGCGCUGGGCGGCUCUGGCCGGGCGGGCGGCGGGCGGGCGGUGGGCGCCGCCCGUCCCCCCGCGCCGCGGGCGUAGCGGCCCCGGCCCGCCCGCGCCGCGGGAGUGGGCGCUGCCCGUGAGCCCGCGGGGGCGGCUGCGGGUGCGGCUGCCGUGCCAGGUGAGCGUCCGCCCGCUGGACCCCGAGCGCUGGCCGGGCGCGGACCGUGUGCUGGUGGCCGUGAGCGGCGGGAGCCCCACGCCCCGCGGGCGGGAGCGGGAGCCCGUGCGGGUGGAGCACGACGAGGCGCUGGGGCAGGUGGCGAUCGUGGCGGACGGCGUGGACAGCAAGGCCGCCGUGGAGGUGCGGACGCCGGUGAAGUUCGAUUUGGAUAUCAAAACAUCAGGGACUGGCUGCGUGAAGAUUCAGAAAAUAGAAUGUGAUAACUGCAAAAUAGAAACGGAGAAGGGGACUAGUGUCUUGCAGUCAAUAAAGAGCCAUAAAAUUGAUAUACGGACAAAUGGUGGCAAAGUCAUUGGUCUUGGAACGCUUUAUGGAAAUACAGAUAUUUGUGCAACAGAGAAGGGGAGUGUGAAUAUAGAGAAGCUGCAAGGGACAACCAUCAACAUAUCUACUGAAGAUGGGCUGCUGAAAACUAAGUAUCUCUAUGCAGAAUCGGCAUCUCUCUCUUCAGUAGCCGGUGAUAUUAUGCUGGGAAGUAUUCAUGGUAACACCACCCUUCAGACCAAAACAGGGAGUAUCACAGUAGAUUCUUCAGAUGGAAGUCUAAAAGCUUCUACAUAUCAUGGGACAAUAGAUGUUUAUGUCAGUCAAUUAAGAAAAGUGGAUCUGAAAUCCCAGAAAGGUUCAAUUACAGUCAAGGUACCUGCCUCUCUCAAAGCCUAUUUAGAAUUGUCUGGAAGAAAAGUGGAUGUGAACUCAGAGAUCCAGUUAAAAGAAACACAGAGAGCCUCCAAAGAUGAUCACGUAACUAUAAGUGGUCACAUGAAUCAAAAGGAUGAAACAGACAAAUGGAUUAAGGCUGACACACAAAAUGGCAAAGUAUAUCUUAAAAGCCAAAGUUGGAUCCAGUCUGUCAAGCUGAAGAGUUCUUAAUGGUGAAAUAGGCUGAAGAGAUUAAAUCAAGAAAUUGUAAAGGAAUAUUUGUGUAAACUUAUGGAACUUUGUUGAUGUAUAUUCUUAAUAUAACAGAGAAAGGAUAUUAAAAAUGAGGGUGUUUUAAUCCAAGCCUGUGACAGUGCUGGUGCUAAACAGGUCUGAUGUACUUUUAGUGCCUUUUAGGAAUAAGAUGGUCUUACAUAUUCAGAAUUUAUAUACCUUGACUCAUUUACCAUGUCAGUUUAAAAACUGGUAGGUUUCAAACAAAAGUUUGGAAUUGUCAUUUAAAAAUAAAAAGCAUUUUCGACACUUAUCUCCAGAUACAAGAAUUUACUUCCAAGUUGAUGUGCUUUGCAAGCUCUGUUACACUUUUAAAUUAAAUGUCUCAAUACUGUGGAAAUUCUUUUGGUUUAUGCAAAAUGCAGAGAAUUUUCUUUAACCAAAUUGUCUCUAUUUUGAAUAGGAUAAAAUCACUUUCAGAACUGUGGUUCUUCUGUGGUCUUCUCGUUUGGUGUUUGAACCCUAAGUAGUUUCUGCCUUGUCAGUGGAUACUCUGUGUAAAACUAUUGCUGUGAAAUGGCAAAACUUGCUCCGUCUUCUUGAACUGCUUGUUUCUGGAUAGGAAUAAGAGCUCUAGCUAUGUCUGCUGCUGAUCAUCUGCAAAGAAAAGCUUUUAAAGUAAA